AGUCAUGGCUAAGCCCCGUACGCUGGAUAUAUCGCCCCCCAUAAACCGAUGGAUGAAUGACACGCUAGACAGACAUGCUCUUCGAAAAAGCGUCGACAUUCUCGCUAUCCGCAUACCUCCUCCCAAGACCGGUGUUUUCAUCAAGUCUCAUCAAUUGAAAAGCUGCAUAAUGGACCUCCCCCGCAUACGUACAGUUGUUAAAGAUGACUCUUACUCUGACGACAGCCGGCUUGUUCUUUUGAAGGUCACUGACGAAGCCGAUCUUGAACCAGCAGAGGCACGAUUUUUAAAGGAGCAGGGUGGCUCUCUUACAAAACACACCCUUCAGCUAGACUAUUCGUAUUGGACAGCAGAGGACAUCCUCAAAGCCGUGUUACCUGAGUGUUUAUGCGAAACCCCUCCAACAGGGUUUGCAAUUACAGGCCAUAUUGCUCAUCUUAAUUUGAACAAGGAGUAUCUGCCCUAUAAGCACCUGAUUGGCGCUGUCGUUCUAGACAAAAACAAUGCUAUCCGAACUGUUGUCAACAAGAUCGACUCUAUUGACACCCAGUUCCGUUUCUUUAAGAUGGAGCUCUUGGCAGGAGAACCCGAUUAUUUGGUAGAGCAUCAUGAGUCAAACUGUCGAUUUACUUUCGACUUUACUGAGGUGUACUGGAACUCAAGGCUGCAUCAUGAACACGAACGCCUUGUGGACCUUUUCGACCCCGCAGAUGUCAUCGUGGAUGUUUUUGCUGGAGUAGGGCCGUUUGCCGUGCCUGCUGGAAGGAAAGGCUGUGCAGUCUUGGCCAAUGACUUGAAUCCGAACAGUGCCAAGUAUCUGCGCCAAAAUAUUAUCAACAACAAGGUAGACGAUGUCGUGCGAGCCCGCUGCGAAGAUGGAAGGGAUGUCAUACGGAACGCCAUGGCUACCGUAGCAGAGCAACCUUUCCCUCCGUAUACCGGCCCAAGACUCACCCGCACGGAGGAACGGCGAAGACACAAGGAAGUCAAGGACAAUCGUGUGCCUCCAGCUUCGCCCGCUGUCGAGCUUCCAGCACGAAGUCGCAUCACACAAUUUGUCAUGAAUUUGCCUGACACUGCCAUUGAGUUCCUGGACGCGUUUCGAGGCGUCCUAUCUCCGACCCAGCCGUGGGGACAGAAGUUGCAGGAGAUCUACGGAAUUGCCAUGCCCAUGAUCCAUUGUUACUGUUUCACCCGAGAGCUGGAGCUUGAAAACGCCCGAUCCGAUAUCAGCCAGCGCGUGGCUGCGAAGCUAGGACACACGAUUGAGGACUUCGACCUCCACCUGGUCCGGUCCGUUGCUCCGAACAAAGACAUGUACUGUAUAAGCUUCAGGCUGCCUCGCCAGGUAGCUCUUAAUAACUGAUUGUGUUGCUCGCCCUUUGGC